GAAAGGAGCUGAGACGGAAAUGGCAAGCUUGACACGUGCAUGGGCAGCUCCUUCAGCUCCAGGAAUGGAUGCACCGGCGCUGCGGUGUUUGUUUUUUCCGCGCCAACACAGUGUUGUUUGUGAAGCCGCUCCACUGUACAGUGACGUGCUGCGCCCGAGCAUUGGAGCGUCUCACCACCAGGCAACGCGAUCGUCGUCCACUAACUAUCAGCGAGUUUGGUGGAGGGGCAGAACGCACCUAAAUUUCAGCACAAUAAGCCCGCCGCUAGCGCUUCUCGAAGGCCCACGGCAAGAUGCGCCUCAUCGCCUCCUCUGUAAUUAUUUCCAACAGAACAUUCCCCCGCUAGACCCCUCCCGACCCGACCCCGAAUUCGACAAUCCUACCCCUCGACGACAACCAUCGAAAUAUCGAUUAUCCGGCUUCGGAGGCUACCGGAGUCCACAAUUUGGGAUUAUAGGCGCCGAAACCUACACGUCUCAGACAUGUUCGAGAAAUCGCUGUACGACCUCAUCCGAGGUCUACGGAACCACAAGGGAAACGAGAAUGAAUACAUACAGAACUGUCUGAAAGAAUGCCGCUCCGAAAUACGAAGCCAGGAUAUGGACCUCAAGGCGAGGGCCGUACUCAAGCUUGUAUACCUUGAAAUGGUUGGGCACGACAUGUCCUGGGCUUCCUUCUAUGUCCUCGAGGUCAUGUCUUCGCAGAAAUACCACCAGAAACGAGUCGGAUAUCUUGCCGCUGUCCAGAGCUUCCGCCCCGACACCGACGUAUCCAUGCUAGCAACCAACCUCCUAAAGAAGGAUGUGGCCGCCUCGUUACCGACAAUCAUAGCGCUCCCUAUUGCCGCCCUUCCUCACAUCGUCACGCCGUCACAAACCAUGUCGCUCCUCGGCGAUUUGCUACCACGUCUCAGCCACUCCCACGCCGCCAUCAGAAAGAAAACCGUCGUUACGCUCUAUCGGUUAGCGUUGGUAUACCCCGAAGCGCUCCGCGCUUCAUGGCCCAAGAUCAAGGAGCGCUUGAUGGACCCAGACGAGGACUCGAGCGUAACAGCAGCCAUCGUAAAUGUUGUCUGCGAGCUGGGCUGGCGGAGACCCCAUGACUUUCUCCCGCUAGCACCGCGGUUGUUUGAGCUCCUAGUUGACGGCGGUAACAACUGGAUGGCAAUAAAACUGAUCAAGCUUUUUGCGACGCUCACGCCCCUUGAACCACGCCUGGUUCGCAAGUUACUGCCGCCACUGACCAACCUGAUCCGGACUACUCCGGCAAUGUCUCUGUUGUAUGAGUGUAUCAACGGCAUUAUCCAGGGCGGCAUUCUCGGCGACGGGGAGGAUUUCUCGGCCAGGGAAGAGGUAGCUUCACUUUGUGUCACAAAGUUACGCGGCAUGGUGUCCACCAACAGCGAUCCGAAUCUCAAAUAUGUGGCGCUCCUCGCGUUCAACCGGAUUGUCGUGACUCAUCCGUUUCUCGUUGCGCAGCAGGAAGACGUGAUCCUGGAGUGCAUUGACAGUGAGGAUAUUACUAUCAGGAUAAAGGCACUCGACUUGGUGCAGGGGAUGGUUAGCGGCGACAAUUUGGUGUCGAUUGUCAGUCGUUUGAUGAGGCAGCUCAAGGCUUCCGAGGGCCAGGAUCCCGAGACCGACUCGAGCGAUGAAACAAGCGCAGACUCCAGGCGGCGUCGCAAAACAUUCGAAGCUGCCCCGCCUCUCCCAGACGAUUACGCCGUCGACGUCAUCGGUCGCAUUCUAAGGAUGUGCUCUCAUGAUAACUACGCCAACAUGCUUGACUUUGACUGGUACCUCGAUGUUCUAACUCAGCUCGUCCGGAUCGCGCCCGCGCCUCGGACAAAGGAUCUGGGCGCUGACCCAUCAAGUCCAAAGUCAAGCGGCGACGUUUCCGAGAAGAUUGGCAACGAGCUCAGGAAUGUGGCCGUGAAGGUCAAGGUUAUCAGAGCUGCUGCCGUGCGGGCAGCUGAACUUGCCGUGUCCCGAAUGAGUACGGAAAUCUCACCCACAAGGCCAAUCGUCUCAGGAGCAAUAAACCCGAUCGCUUGGGUUGUUGGGGAGUAUGCUUUCCAGUUAUUAUCGCCUGACGACACGCUACGGAACUUACUGGACCUGGUCCCGCGGGUUGAGUACCCUGAGGGCCUGGCAACAUGUUUACAAGCCGUGCUGAAACUAUUUUCCUAUGUCGCUGGAGAUGAUCAAGCACUCUGGACGCCGGAAAGGAAGUCGAGCGUCACAUUACUGAUGGCCCGUGUCAUCCACGUAUUGGAGCCGUUCGCAUUGCACCCCUAUCUAGAAGUUCAGGAGCGUGCUGUUGAGUUUAUCGAAUUACUCAAGCUCACAGCCGAGGCGGCAGCCGGCCAGGGGCCGUCCACGGACGAUGUGCACCAGGAUCCUCCAUUACUGCUCACACAAGCGAUCCCGUCGCUUUUCACUGGGUGGGAGCUCAAUUCGGUCGCUGCCGGCACACAGCAGAACGUGCCCAUACCGGACGACCUUGACCUCGACGAACCGAUUCACGGCGAUCUCAACAGGUUGUUGUCUCAGGCAGACUCAUUGAUGUUGCCGACGCAGGGUGACGACGAAUUCGAAGUGUACUACAACCAUAAACCUGCCGCCACGAGCAUGUCCAGCGAACCGGCGAUCAAUAGGCUCGUGGAAGCACCGGAGGAGGUGGUGACAGGGUCGUACCAACAAUCUGAAGAGAGCUAUCUCGACCCAGAUAUCGUCGCUAGGAGGAAGGCUGAGCGCGCUGAGCGUUACCGGGACGACCCCUUCUACAUCCCCGACGCCACCGCAUCCGGCGGCAGGUCAACGCCAAUCCACAACAUUCUCCAAAAAGAGAACGGCCCCGGCCUCGACAUAGACUCGAUCCCUAUCAUGCAACUGGACCUGAACUCCUCCGGCCGUGCCAGUCCUGCGAAUCGGCAACAACAGCCGCCCAAGCCCAAACCUCACCAACGCAUCGUCGUAGCAGCCGACGAAACGCUCGGCUUCGGCGCCGGCGGGAGCGGCGUCUCGACCCCGCGCACGUACGACUCCGAGAACAACACCUCGGACACGCUCGCCAAGUCCAAGUCAUCCAAAACCGCCGCCGCCAAGAGACUCAAGCAGCAGUCGCUCCUGCAAAUAGCCCCGGCCAACCUCGGCGAUCUCAGCAUCGGAGACGCGAGCCAGUCGGGCGCUGGCAGUGGCGGCGAUGGGCUGGCGCACGAGCGGCAGCAGCGCGAGGAGGCCGAGAUGGCGCAGGCGCUCAAGGAGGUGCAGCGGCUGCGGCUGGAGAUGCAGCGGGCCAACGAGCGGAUACAGGUCGCGCAGGGGGUUCCGGUGGAGGGGGUGGUUGUGGCGAAGAAGAAGAAAAAGAAGGUUAAGGAUGGGGAGGGGGGCGGUGGAGGGGAGGGAGGGGAGGGGGUGGGUGAAGGCGACCAGGAAGGUGGGGAGGGGGUGGUGAAGGCGAAGAAGAAGAAGGCCGUCAAAGUGGAAGGGAAAGGGGAUGGGGAAGGUGGGGAGGGGGCACCGGUUGUGAAGGGAAAGAAGAAGAAGGCCAGGAGGUUGGUACAGUUGGAUGAGGGGGAGGGCGGUGCUGCGGAGGGAAGUUAGGAGGCGCACAUAUGGGUGGAUGCCACGGAAAAUAGAAGCAGCAGAAAGCAACCAAGCAAUGCAAUUGUCAAACCAC